UCACCAUCCAAGGACGACUCCAAACCGAUACCACAGCGGCCAAAGAAGAGAAAUCCAGUGAAAAAGCGAGCUAAGGUCCCAAAGAAGCCCAAAUGGGAUGCUGAGAGUCUCCUAAAGGACCCGAAAUCGCCUCUGGCCACGGCGAAUCUGAGAAGUAUUUUAUGUAACCCCAUGGCAUGGACGGCCCUAGACCCAGAAGACAAGGCGGAAAUCCUCGCUCUCUUCCCUGAUAAGAGCCACAUUCUUGACUCGGGCACGGAAGACGCGCGGCCCAACUUUGCGUCACUGAUGAACGACGACAGUUUUCGCUACGACUGCGCUGCUUAUACAGAAAACAUUGCGGAGGGUCGUCAUGAUCCGGAAUGGCUUGCGUCGGCGUGGAGUGCGCACGAGAGGAGGAAGGCGGGAGACUUUGACAAGUAUCUGGUUGAUAAGCUGGAGGAGGAAUGGGGCGUUGAGAUUCCAGAGGGGAUGAGGAUUCGGAGG